AUGAAGUCGCGUUUGAGAGUUUGCUUUCCGAAUUACUGGAUUAUCUUUGCCCUGGCAGUACUACUGCCGGUGAUUGCUGCGGCAGAGGCAGAGACUGAAACCUUUGGGCCACGCCACAUCACGCUGAUGACCGGCAAUCCCGCUCCGGCUCCAGCUCCAGCUCCGGCUCCAGCUCCACCACCGCAUGAAGUGAUCAUCACCCCGGACCACGAUCAUUACGAUCAUCAUCACCAUCAUUCGCCAUAUCCGCCGCAUGGCUAUCCGUAUCCACAACCGCCUCAGCAUUGUAAUUGCCCUCCGGGACCCCCAGGGCCACCAGGAGCACCUGGGCCCGUGGGCCCACCAGGCGUGAAAGGGUAUCCAGGAAUGAAGGGUUCCAAGGGAGAUCAAGGGCCAAAAGGGCAUCCAGGCGACAAGGGCUACCCCGGAUUUCCCGGCCCAGUUGGCCCCCCCGGCCCACCAGGUUACCCUGGCUCGCAUUCACAUCGAGCCUACAAUCCAGAACCUCCUUCCCAUGGACAUCACGGGGAUUACGGACAGCAUCAUGGACACCAUGGUGAUUAUGGCCACCAUGGUGAUUAUGGCCACCAUGGUGAUUAUGGCCACCAUCGUUACUUUUCGAAUGAACAGUCCAAUGAUGAGUCCAAUGAAGACGACGACGAGGGCCAUGAGCGAGCUUUUGUGGAAGUAGAAGAGGAGUGGAUUGGUCGGGACCAACAGCCCAUUCUCUUGGCAUUCAGUCAUGUGGGCAAUCCAUUUGCCACAAAGUCAAAUAAAAAACUAAAUUAA